AUGCUUUCAAGAAAAGAUCUGUCAAAGAGAAUUUGCAGAAGAAUCAAGAAUUCGCAGCUAGAACAUUUAAAUCAGCAUUUGGCAAGAUCAGCGAUCAGAACAAAUAUUCGUUUUCCUUAUCGUAACGGAAAAUGCUACUUCACCCCAAAACGGCUGGUUCAAAACGAAAAAGUGACGACUUCAAUCACGGACGAAAUCAUUCUCGAUUCUUUGCAGUCCGAUCCAGCUUAUAUCGACUCUGUUCUGCAAAGCCACAAUCUUCACAGACCCCAGGAAGUCGCCGAGAAAAAGAGGAGAAAUUGGCUGGCCAAAAAAUAUAAACCACUUUUAUCUCGAUAUUGCGGCGUCCACAUGGAUUUCAUCGUGACAGAAGAGUCAGAAGAAGAAAUUGCCCGAGUCGUCGUCAUCGACGGGCUCUUCAGAGUCAUCAUGGACGAAUACAUUCUUCCUCGCUCGCCGGUUUUAGACUUGAACGUGAAAAAUACGGGAAUGACGAUUGAAACGCUGCUGGAACACGGGAGGCCGUAUGAAGAAGUGAGAGAGAUGUUUAUUGAAAGUGUUGGAGAAAAGACGAUUUGUGGCUAUUUGCUGUCGUCGAUGUUUUGUGGGCUCGAGUAUACGCCGGCAAGAUAUGCUAAUAAUGAUCUUAUAGAUCUCGCUCAUCACAACACCACGAAUUUCCACGUAAUGGUGCGCAACAACUUUCGCCACACUCUCUACCUCGAUUUCGCCGCCAUGUCCCGCACACUCCUCGAAACUGUUUACACAGAUCCAAACGCGAAGAAUGGGGCGAUUACUUGCGUGAAAAUCCUGCAUUAUAUUUUGGAAGAUUAUUUAAAAAGAAGUGAGCAGAUUGCUGACUUGAAUUUGAAUAGACACAAGAAAAAACAUUUUGUUUCGAAUUUGGUCGAGGCGAUUUCGGAUGUCAAAGUGACGGAAUAUGAAGGGCUAGAAGAAGUACAAAACAUUCCCCUAGCAACUCGAAGGAUAAAAGAAAAAGAACCAGAAAGAAGAAUAGAAGAAAAAAGUAAACCAUCAUUUUCAAAAGCUGAACUUCUUGAAAUGCAACUUCGUGCUACUAGUUUUGAGCUUGCCGAAGAAUAA